AUGAAAAAUUUGAAACUUUGCUAUCCUUUUCCCUUUCUAGUUUUCUCAUUUCUUGUAUUGUCCUUCCCUUUGAUAACAGCAUCAAGAAUUCUGUCUAGAGGGGAUUCUUUUUCUGUUAAAGAUGAAUCACAUUUCAUCACUUCUCCGCGAAACACAUUCACUUGUGGCUUUUAUCCUAUAGGCAGUACUACUAAUGCGUAUUACUUUGGCAUAUGGUACACAAACUCGAGGGACAAAACUGUUGUUUGGAAUGCGAAACAAGAUAGGCCGGUUAAUCUCAAAGGUUCAAAGUUGACACUCAGAAAAAAUGGAGCAUUUGUUUUAACAGAUGUUGAUGACACAAUUGUUUGGCAAACAAACACAACAUCAUUCGAUAUAGAAAGCGCUGAGGUUCUUGAAACAGGCAACUUAGUUUUGAAGAAUCCACAAGGUGAUAUUAUGUGGCAGAGUUUUGAUUUGCCUACUGAUACUUUACUGCCUUACCAAUUUUUCACCAAGAAUCAUAGGUUGGUACCUCCUUUGAGGAAAGGGAGUUUAUCACCUGGAUAUUUUAGUUUGUACUUUGAUAGUGAUAAUGUUUUGAGGAUGAUCUAUGAUGGUCCUCAAGUUUCAAGUAUAUAUUGGCCUAAUCGCGAUAGGGAUGUAUACGCGAAUGGUAGAACUAGCCAAAAUAGUAGUAGAUUUGCCUAUUUUGAUGGAAUGGGUAGAUUUUUCUCAAGUGAUAGGCUGGAAUUCAAUGUUUCUGAUAUGGGGUUUGGGAUAUUAAGAAGGAUGACUAUGGACAUUGAUGGGAAUUUGAGAAUCUAUAGUUUGGAUAACACGACGGGGUUGUGGAAGAUUUCUUGGCAAGCUAUUGGACAAGCUUGUAUUGUGCAUGGAAUAUGUGGAAGAUUUUCGAUAUGUACUUAUGUGACUGAACCUAAAUGUACAUGUCCUCCUGGAUAUAAGACGUUGAAUGAAAGUGAUUGGAGUAGAGGUUGUAGGCCAAUAUUUAGUUCAAAAAUUUUGGAGUCCAGACAACAGGUCAAGUUUGUGGAGGUUCCCAAUGUUGAUUACUGGGGUUUUGAUCUGAAUGCCACCACUCCGUUGUCAAUGGAGUCUUGCAGGGAAUUGUGCUUGGGUGAUCCAAGUUGUCGUGCAUUUGUCUAUAGGCGAACUGGUGAGGGAUCAUGCUAUACUAAAGGCAUCCUUUUCAAUGGAUAUCGGUCUCCUGGUUUUCCUGGAAGUGUAUUCUUGAAACUCCCUAUGAAUCUGAGUGCAUCAGAAUCAGGUCAUUUGAUUCUUGAAGGCACUGAUGCAAAAUGUGGAUUGAGUCCAGAAAACGUUCUUUUUGGUUCUCCUUCUAUGUAUGUAUUCGAUUUUAAGAAGGUGAAGUGGAUUUAUCUUUACUUAUUUUGUUCCACCCUUGGUGGAAUAGAGAUUCUAUUCUUCGUGUUAGGCUGGUGGGUGUUAUUUAGCAAACACGGGAUUCCUGCUUCCAUUGAGGAAGGAUAUAAAAUGGUGUCAUCGACUCAGUUCAGGAGGUUCACGUAUACUGAACUUAAGAAAGCAACAAAGCACUUCAAGGUUGAGCUCGGAAGAGGAGGUUCAGGAGCUGUUUACAAAGGAGUUUUAGGAGAUGGAAGAGCGGUAGCAGUCAAGAAACUCGCAAAUGAGUUUCAAGAAGAGUUUUGGGCAGAGAUGACUACCAUAGGAAGAAUCAACCACAUGAAUUUGGUGAGGAUGUGGGGAUUUUGUUCUGAAGGGAGACAUCAGCUUUUGGUGUAUGAAUACAUUGAGAACUCAUCACUCGACAGGCAUCUUUCCGGGGCAGAUACUCUUGGAUGGAAACAAAGGUUUGCAGUGGCAUUAGGGACAGCAAAAGGUCUUGCAUAUCUUCAUCAUGAAUGCCUUGAAUGGGUGAUUCAUUGUGAUGUGAAGCCUGAAAAUAUACUUCUCGAUAGUGAACUUGAGCCUAAGAUUGCAGAUUUUGGACUUGCAAAGCUCUCCCAAAGAGAAGGCCCUGGUUCAGAUUUCACAAAGAUUCGCGGCACUAAAGGCUACAUGGCUCCAGAAUGGGCUUUGAACCAACCUAUCACAGCAAAGGUUGAUGUUUAUGCCUUUGGGAUUGUAAUACUAGAGAUGAUCAAGGGAAGUAGGCUGUCAAGCUGGGUGGUGGAUGAUGGUGAAUGUGAUCACGAACAAGAUUCACAGCUCGGAAAAUUUGUCAGGAUGGUGAAGAGGAAGAUUCAAAGUGGAGAAGAUCACUCUUGGGCAGAGAAAAUAGUUGAUCCAAGAUUAGAAGGCAAAUUUAGCAGGAACCAAGCUGUCACACUGAUUGAAAUAGGCCUUUCUUGUGUGGAGCAAGAUAGAAAUAAAAGGCCUACAAUGGCCUCAGUGGUCCAAACACUGCUAGAUUGUGAAGAUGAAACAACAGUACUAGCUUAG